UAUUUAAUACUUUAAAUGUGAAAAAAUUCCUUUUCAAAAUUCUAAAAGAGGGGAACUAAACACACCCUCACUACUAUGAUAAAAUUUAACAAUCAACUUUAACUCCUCCGGACAGAAUCUCCAUUGCGAAUUCACAUGUGUUAGGAACUCUUACUAUGUGAUUUCUAAACAUCUAUGAUUGCAAUGUAUUUCGAAAAAAACAGUACAUUAUAGGUGGAAAAGGAGACCGAAUCUAGAAUUUCAUAUGCGCACCAUUUCCCUCCCCUCAAAUUCAAUAAAGCUGCGUUUGGGUGUUGGCAUUGAGGCUCCGGAAUUGGAAUUGACAUUGGAUAGCAUCAAAUACUGCUGUUUGGAUGGCUUAAACUUUGGAAUUGGAAUUCACCAUCAAUGCCGAAGCGGUAUUCGCAACACUGCAUCCCCUCGCGCUCAAUACAGAGCCGUGACCCUCCGUAUUGGGCGGAAUUGGAGAUGAGGCAGGCGACGGCGUGGCGUGAGCGCCCUCUUCCCCAUGUCCGGCAGCUCGGCGCCCCCUUCUUCCCCAUCGUCGAGCUCCUUCCAUGACCAGCGCCGCCGCUCCCCUUUGUCCUUCUCUUCACGGACGCGAGCCCCCCACGAGCUUCCUCCGUCUUCCUCCCCGGUGGCCCCUCCCCUACCUCCAUCCGCGGCGAGCCCCGCACCCCUCCGCCGGCGAGCCGCGCGGCUCCUCCCCUGCCUCCCUCGGCGGGCGUGCCGCGCGGCCCCUGCGCUGCUCCCUUCGCCAGGCCCCUCCCACCGCCGCGGCUCUGUUCCCCUGCGACGCUUCCUCUGGCGGAGCUCAACUCCGCCGCACCGCUCCCCUCCUGAGUCCUGCUCUUUGUGCCCCGAAGCCACCACGCCGCCGCUAUGCUCCCUCACCCCACGCCCCUCCGCCGCGGCCUUCCUCCGUCUCCCUCCACCCCCGCCACUGCUGCGUCCACAGCGGCCCGCACGGCCGUGUGCGCUGGCGCGUCCCCACACCGGCGCCGAUCGGCCGCGACGCAGAGCACGCCCAGCAGCUCGAGCUCGGCGCGCAGCCACACCGCCAUCCGCCGCCGUGAUUUGAAAGAAAGAAACGGCGGCGAGAAGCGCCAGAUAAGUAAGCGGCCGUUCUCAAACCAAUCGCGCCUACUCCAGUCCAUCCAUCCGAUGCCUCCGACUGCGAUGGCUUCCACCUCCCUCUUCCUCCCCACCGCCGCCGGCGCGUCCACCGCUCGCCGCCGCCCCUUCUCCAGCCUCCGCACCCCCUAUCAGGUGCCCACCGCACGCCUCCACCGCGCACCCCGGCUGGCCGUCGUCUCCGCUGCGGCCUCACCGGCCUCGCCCGCGUCGUCGUCGCUCGACGCGCUCAUCUUCGACUGCGACGGCGUCAUACUGGAGUCGGAGAACCUCCACCGGCAGGCCUACAACGACGCGUUCGCGCACUUCGGGGUGCGCUGCCCGCCGGCCUCCGCCGACACGCUGUACUGGGACGAGGCCUUCUACGACGAGCUACAGAAUCGCAUCGGCGGCGGGAAGCCCAAGAUGCGGUGGUACUUCGGGGAAAAUGGGUGGCCUUCUUCAAAGAUUUUUGAGACACCACCCUCGGCUGACUCUGAUAAGGAGAAGUUGAUCGACAUAAUUCAGGACUGGAAAACAGAGAGAUACAAAGAGAUAAUAAAGUCUGGAACUGUGGAGCCUAGACCUGGUGUUUUGCAGCUGAUGGAUGAAGUAAAGGGGUAUCAAGCUUGCUGUUUGCUCUGCAGCAACUAAAAGUUCAGUGAUAAUGUGCCUUGAAAACCUUAUUGGGCUUGAGCGAUUUAACGGCCUGGAUUGCUUCCUCGCUGAGUUGGUCACGUUAAGGACCUCCUUUGUUGUACCCAGAAAUUAGGUGUAGAAAGCAAGAACUGCCUUGUGGUGGAGGACAGUGUUAUUGGAUUACUA